AUGCAUCCUUCACAGGGCGCGUCCCGGAGCAGCCGCAUCCUGCUCGGCGCGUUGGUGAUCCUCGCGAUCUCGAUGCGACAAGCCACAGCCAAUGCUUCUUUGGCUGGAUACCAGGCACCGUGCACAAAUGAGGGCGAGGAAGUUAGGAUCAACAUGCGCUGCUUCAAGUGUAUCUGCAAGAACGGUUUCGUGGAGUGUGAACAGGAAAGCUGCCCAGCAGUGGAUGACUGUUACUUCUACAAAAAGAAAGGUCCCGACGAAUGUUGCGACAAGUGUAUGGGAUGUUUAUACGAGGGUCGCCACAUCGACAGUGGUACCGAGUGGACCGAUCCGGAAGAUCCCUGCAUGCACUACAAAUGCGUUUCCGGUGUGGUAACGCGCUCGGAGAUGAAGUGUUACGCCCCCUGCUCGGAUCCCAACCCGCCACGGAAAGGCCAGUGCUGUCCGACUUGUUUAGGCUGUCGGUUGAACGGGCAGAAAGUGUUCGGCGAGGCAACGCUCAGCGAGGAUCCGUGCGUGAAGUGCACGUGCACGGGUCACAAGCUUACCUGCACGAAACGCUCCUGUCCGGUGUUGCAGUGUCCGCUGACGAAGCAGAUUAGAACGCCGGGCGAAUGUUGCCCGCGCUGUAUCGAACGGCGGGAGGAGAUUCAUCGUGGCUCACCGAUGUGCAUCAUUGGCAAGGCGGUCCACUUCCCGGGCAAACCGUACCAUGGCGACCAGUGUUCGAACUGCACCUGCCAGAAUGGGACGUCCGUGUGCGAGAAGAGCACCUGCCCGAUACUGGAGUGUGCGCUGGAAGAUCAGCAACGCGAACCGGGCGAAUGCUGCCCGUCGUGUCCGAUGCCGGCUGAGUUCCGGAGCACUUGUACCGCUGAGGGAAAGGUUUAUCAGAACAACGAAACCUGGAGCCAGAACGCAUGCACUUCCUGCGAAUGCCGGGCCGGUGAGGUUCGCUGUGCGAAAAUCCAAUGUCCGAAGAAGAAGUGUGGCCCGAACGAAACGCUGCUCACCGUGUCGGGUGAAUGUUGUCCCCGGUGUGUCGAAAGCCCGGCCGUCUGUACCGUGUUCGGUGACCCGCAUUACAAAACGUUCGACGGUAACUUCUACAGCUUCCAGGGUUCGUGCAAGUACCAGCUGACGGCAGACUGCGUCGGCCACACGUUCUCGAUCCGCGUCACGAACGAUGCACGGCUCACGAAGUACUCUUCCUGGACGAAGACGGUCACGCUGAAGCUGGAGGGUGUGAAGGUAAACCUGGGCCACCGGAUGCGCGUGAAGGUGAACGGGACGCGGGUCGAGCCACCGUACCGGUUAAACCAAACGCUACACAUCUAUCGGAGCGGCGACGGUACGGAGGUGAUCGUGGAGACGGCACUCGGUGUGAAGCUGUCCUGGGAUGGGCUGAACUUCAUCCAGGUGCAGGUACCGACCGCGUACAAGGGCAAGCUGUGUGGGCUGUGCGGCAACUACAACAGCAUCUUCCGGGACGAUCUGUUCACGCGCGGUGGAUUGAACAUGACGCACAAUGUGUGGCGCUUUGCGCGGUCGUGGGCGGUCGGUGGUCCUAAGGCGUGUACGCGCCAGAACAAGAAGGAACUGGCCGCACGCCAUCCGCAGUGCAAGUCGAAGAAGUUCGUCCCGCUCUGCAAAGCGCUCCGCACGCCGGAAGUGUUCGGUCGGUGUAACUCACUGCUCAACCCGGACAAUUACUUCGCGUCGUGUAAGUUUGACAUGUGCGAGUGUCCCCAUCGGCAGUGCUACUGCGACAGCAUGGCGGCGUACGCACACGAGUGCGUCCGCCAGGGCGUACAGCUGCCGGACUGGCGCUCGCUGACCGGAUGCAGUCGUAACGCGUCCGGAAUGCUACCGAACGCGAGAGGAUCCGCCGUACACGAACCGAACGCUAUCGUUGCCGGUACAACGCAGCACAACAACAUUCGUCGACAUCCGAAGCGGUUACGACGACCGAAGCUGAUCGAGCCCCAGGAUCAGGAACUGGAUCUGCUACCGCUAAUGGUGCACGAUCGGAAUCAUCACAAGCUACUACACCAUCCACUCUAUCGGAAGCAGCAACAACAGCAGCAGCAGCAGCAGCAGCAACAACAGCAAGAGCAAAACAACAUCCCUUUACGGUCGUUCAGUGGUAACCGUCGGACACCACCGCCACUUCAGCGUUAA